UUGAUUGAAAACAGAUCACAAUUCGAGCUCUAAAGAUGUUUUCAUAAGAAAAACGGUCAAAAUCAUUCACAAGAUGAGAAAAAAGUAUCCGAUUGACGUUAUUUUUCUCUUGUACAUGUCGCUGUUCAUAAAAAUAAGCAAUGCUGCAAUGUCGAUGGAAGAACUCAAAAAGGCCGGCGAAACGAUGCGAAUGGCUUGCAAAGCAAAACAACCAAUCACGGAUGAACAAAUGAAAAUGAUUCAAGAUGGCAAUUUCCCGGAAGAUCGCACGUCUAAAUGUUUUCUCUUGUGCAUCAUGGAAAUGACUCGUUUAGUGAAAAAAGGAAAAGCCAAUAUCGAUGGUGCCCUCAAACAAAUCGACUUAUUGAUGCCCGAUGAGCUAAAGGAGCCCUUCAAACAAGGCAUCAUCGCAUGCGAGCAUUCCGCUGAUGGCAUCAAGGACAUGUGUGAAAAGGCGUUUGCUGGAGCAAAAUGUUUCAAAGCGAACAAUCCAAAAUUCUUCUUUCCCUAA